UGUAUUCAAAACAGUCACGUUUUCAAUGGCGUGAAGGGUAGUGUUGAACAAUCGUCGGUAACAAGCAGUUGUUUCCUCGUCGUUUGUGGCGUAAUUUCGCGGUUCCUACCGGCGUUUAGGACGAAUUAUCCGCUCAAACAGCGAGGAAGACCCAAUGGAAUCGGUGGAAGAAUCUACGCUCCUGUCUGAUACUUCGUUGCGGUGGGUGGCAGUCUGUGGUUUGUUCCCAGUUUGAGCCUGGAAAACAUCUUUCUUCCCAUGGCAUGUAACCAAGAGGAACCUAUGAGUGAAGGUGGGACCAGCCAGACCCCGGACACCGAUCCAGAACAGACAGUCUCUCUGGACCAGGCGCUCGCGCCGGCUAUCACUGCUCCCGUCAGCUCACCGGCCUCCAGCCCUUCAGACAAUGGUAAGGACUUGGGCGGCUGUAGCGUCAAAGGUAAUGCUAGCACCAGCAGCAGCGGUGCCACACAUAAGAAGGAAACGGUGGACUACUUCCUGAAGAAGCCAGCUUCCCCUACUCACGGCCCGACUCACGGCCCUACACCCUCCACAAGCGGGCAGGCCACCAAGCAGAAGGAUAAAUACUGGGACUCCAAGUCUGCGAACGGGUCCUCCAACGGUAAUGGCAGCAACGGGGAGCACUCUGACGACAUGGCGGUGUCGGUCACUGGCUCCACCAAUGGCUCGUCCAACAGCAAGAGCGGCAGCGGCACGGAGCAGCCCAUGGAAGUGGAGAACAGCGAAAACGGAGAACAGGGGUCCAACCUGCUCUCCAACUAUGGCUCUUCAGAGAACUCUGAUUCUAAAAGUGCAACUCUGAGCAUGCUCAGUGGCAGCAGUAAUGAUGACCAGCCCUCUACAAGUGGCUGCAGCAGUGAGCAGUCCGUGAAGGCUAAGAACCGAGAGAAGCUAGUUGCUGCCAUCCAGGAGCUGAAGUCCAUGCUGCCACCCUCCACCCUGAACGAUGGGAACGAGGGGAAGCCGUCCACGCUGGCAGCCCUGACACACGCCAUCGAGUGUGUCAAGAAAGUCAGCUCAUCAAAUGCUUUCGACCUUCCGUUUCCUGAAGAGGAAGAGGACCCUUCUACCAAGGACAACUCCAUUCCCACGUACAGUCUCCAUUCCCUCUGUACCCUCAGUAAAAACGUGGUUCUUCAGAACAUGGUGAGUGUGGGUUGGGGCUGUACAAUCAUCAUUACCGUACAUCUCCUAGUUGUGAAAGCUGUUCCUCUGACGGGGUAUCUUCCUCAAGAUCUGAUUGGUCGAUGCAUUUUUGACUUCAUCAAUCAAGAUGAUGCCCCUAUCAUGUUGAGUGUACACGAAAAAGUUGUGAAAACACCUAUGGGACAGACGUUCAACGAGGGCCCGAUCCGCCUCUUGGUGCGCAACGGCAAUGAGGUCACCAUAGAAACCAGCUGGUCAAGUUUCAUCAACCCGUGGACUCGGAAGAUCGACUUUGUCAUUGGACAACACCGAGUCACAAGAGGUCCACAAGAGAUAGACGUGUUCAGAAACCCCAUCAAAGCGUGGAUCGGCCAUACAGAGAUAAGGAAGGAUAUCACAGCUAUGGAACAGGCCAUCUGUAAACUCUUACUUCAGACGACAAUCCCACAACUUGCCACACCUGAUCACCAUCUGGUCUCACCUGUGGAGAACCCAGACCAGUUUGCAGAGGAUGUGGAUGUCCAGGAAAAAUGCAUGGACAUGCACAUCCUGAAGGCACGCGGGCAGCAGAUCUUUGCCGAGAAGGUGAAGAAGAUGGCCGACAAGCCGGGGAAGGAGGCGGAAGAUGCCAAGGGAACGUCUUCGUCGUCCAAUGUGUACUCCCCGAGUCAGCCAGCUGCUCUACCCAACUAUGAACAGCUCAACUACGCUCAAAACAUCCACAGAUACCUGCUGAGCUGCCCUGACGUGUUCUCCAACUCGUCCAUGGAGGAGGAUCAGCAGCAGGAGCAGGACCUGACCACAGCCAUGGACGCCGUGCAGGCCGCCGAGCUACCGCGGGGAGCUGAGGCUUCCAACCUCUUGCCUGACGAGGGACUGCCUUCUCAGACAGGUGUUAUCACCACCAUCGAGACAUCGACGAGACCCGUGGCUGUCACCACAGGCAGCACGGUGAUGACGAUGGCCCCCAUGUCACAGGACUCCCACGUCCCUCUGGACCCCGCACACAGCGAGGACAUACCCAUCGUCGACGACUUCAGCGACAAGAACGAGACCAACUCGGAGGUAGGCGAGCCCCUACCUCCCGCCUCCUCCUACCAGAAGGUGGGUCUGACGCAGGAGAUCCUCAGCCAGCACACCAUCAACCAGGAGCGGACGUACGUGGAGCAGGCGCUGAAGGAGGGCUACAACCACCUCCUGCUGCCCCACUUCCAGCGCCGCCACGGACACAAGCGCCAGCUCCUCACCCCGGAGAACGAGACCGUCACCAACAAGCUCAGCAAGCACUGCCAGAUCAGCAACGGGAUCCCCCGCCACCGCACCAGCAUGAGCAACUCCUCCUCCAUCGCCCCACAGACCACGCUCGUGGACGCUCAGACCGCGCAGAACAUGUUCGUCCCCAUCCACAACCCCAGCCAGAACCAGAGCAUGCCCAUGGGACAGAUGCAGGUCCCUGUGUUCCCCAACCAGAUGGGCAUGAACUUGAGCAUGUUUGGGAUGCCUUUCGGCAUGCCCGUCCCCCAGUUCAUGCAGGGAGGGAUGCCCCCCACAGGCCAGCCUAUGAUGGGAUCUGUCCCCAUGAUGCCCAUGGCUCAGAAUUUCAUGUACUCAGGCUUCUUCCCCCACUAUGGCUUCUCCUCGGCGGGGGGUUUCACCGUGCCGACCACGCCUUCCAUGCAGAUCCCGCAGGGCAGCAGCAUCUGGACGCAGGUCCCCCAGCGGCCGCUGUUCCACCAAGGCGGCGGCAUGCAGCCUCUACACAUCAACACCGACCCGGGAACACUCAGCCCGACAGUCCAGAUGGAGGCCCCGCUGUCCCACGUGUCGGCGCAGUGCCUGAACCCAACUCCCGUGGUCGCGGCGUGCAGCACGUCGGCAGACCCUACCACGACAUCCGUCCCCCCUCCCGCCCCGACGACAGGGAUAUCCGAGCGGGUGGGCUCGCAGUGCAGCAGCCCCCUGCAGCUCAACCUGAUGCAGCAGGAACUACAGGAGGGCGGCAGUCGCCAGACCGCAGCGCAGGCCGGCAGCACGUGUCACCAGUCUCCCCACCGCAAACUCCAGACAGACCAGGAGGGGCUCGCACCUGUCAAGAAGGUCUGUAAGACUGCGCAGGUCAAGGACAAGGAGGACGACAACAGCUUGGACACGAGCUCGAUGCUGGACUUGCUGUUGGCAGAGUCUAAUGACGGGAACAGCAGCACACCUGACCUGGGAUCAGACCCAAGCUUCACCUCUUCAGAAGGCUCCAACACACAGGAGCAGAAGAGAAAGAUGGAGAGUAGAGAAAGAGAGAACUUCAAGAGAUAUGUGCUGCAGGAUCCGAUCUGGCGUGUGAUGGCCAACACAACUCAGAAAGUCAUGAUGACGUACCAGCUGCCCAGAAGAGAGAUAGACGAUGUCCUGAAGCAGGACCAGGACAAGCUGCGGUCCAUGGAGAGGAACCAGCCGGCCUUCUCCGCAGAGCAGAUGGGCGAGCUGGAGGAUGUCAAACUGUGCUGGGGCAAAAUGAAGAUGCCUGACAUCGCUGCUUGUGACGAGGCCAUUGACAAGUGUCUGUCCAAGAAGCGGAAGAGAAUGCCGAGCAGGAAACACCUCUCCGUACAGACCGUCAUCUCCCCGACCAUGGAGUCCGUCCUGGAGUCCAACCUUCCCUCGUCGUCGGGCAGCUCACAGAAGUCGGAGACUGAGAUGGCCAACCUGCCGGGGGACAUCGGCCGGAGCACGGCCAAGGACAGCGACAACUGGGGGGACAACAGCAACGUCAGCAACGGGAGGUCAUCGCGCAGCUCCAGCUCCAUCAAGGAGUCGGACGACAAGUCGCAGAGCAACAACAGCAAAGACAGCGACGAGUACCCAGUGGAGAAGAGGUUACCACCGAAGAGACAUUCCAGCCCAACCACAAGUAACUCCAGCAGUGACUUGUAGUAGUGUGAGAGAUGGGGAGUGAUGAUGAUGAUGACCUUCUCAGCUGUAGGAAUGACAAGGUGUCCCUUGUACCCCCAUGCCAAGAGAAAGUUGAUCACCCCUGUAGUAAUAUCUGCCCUAAAUUAAAUGGUUACAAGCUGUAGCCAAACAUUCAUGCCAAGCAGUUCUUGAAAACACAUGUUCUUAACCUUCUCCCUGCUGCCUAGCUCUGUUACCAUUGGAAAGUUGGUGUGUAAAGGUUACCUCAGCAGAGAGGAGGUUAAAAGUACAUACAAGACAUUAAUGUUUACAAUUCAAACUCUAGGUGGUCAAAGAACAAAGAAAAUAUUUGAAUAUCUGCUCCCGCCAGAAAGACUGAAUUGCACCAACUUUAGUUCAGAAAACCAUGUAUUUGCUUGACUUGUUUCUCUACGGACAGGAUCGAAGAAAUGGCAUGACAGACGACUAUUUGACAGAAAGUCUAUUAAAAAAAGAACAAACUCUUUUUUACGUACAACAAAACUGUUAGUGCCUUGUUGGCAUUGUGUAGUGUACACAGUGUAGUUUGUAUUGAUAAUGACUUAAAGUGAAAUGAUAGACAUUUGGCUUUUACACUUCUCUCAGUGGGUAGUGAUGACUUGAAGGCAGACUACAGGACAAACCUUGACACGUUUUGGUGUUGAGAAAGGCAAAAGACUUUUAGGGGCUGGAGGAAGUAAAGGGGCAUCUUGGUGUAAAUAUCCCGGUGGAGACUAUGUGGCUCAACAGGGCUCGAAAUACCUUUUUCUGGAUACAUCAGAGGGUAUUAAAAAUUACCUACACCAGACAAAUUUUACCUGCACAAUUCAGAAUUUAGGAAGUAUGAAGUAUACUAAAAAAACUGUACAGAAACCAUUGCCAUAAUUUCUUUCAUACUUCAUAGGUGAUAACAGUCAAUGCAGCUAAUAAAAAAUCCACAUACACGCCUACAUUUGUAUUUGUACUGGUAGGCAGGUAGACACCAGAAAUACCUGCCUACCGGGUUUGUAGGUGGUAUUUGGAGGUGGUAUUUCGAGCUCUGCUUAAUAUGUAGGCAUUUUUCAUGUGCAGGCCACUCUUCGUUUUCUAAAGAGUCUAUUUUGUAAGAUAAAAAAAAGCUUAUGGAUGUCAGAGAUGUGAAUACCAUAAAGAUUAUUAAUAUUAAGUAUUGUAGAUCCAAAUAAGUCAAAGAUGAGGGUAUAUGAUGUUUGGGAGAAAAGUCUGGAUUGUAUGAAUUGUGUAGCAUAAUCUUGCAGAGGUUAUGCACACAGAAAGCAGACUCUUGUAUAUUUCAAUGAAAUGGACGAAUAUUCAAAUGCUAUAAUUCCAACAGACAAAAAUUUUUGAAAGGCGAAAAAAAAGGAGAAAACAUCUGAAAAUAGAAAAAAAUUCAUUUGUGAACGUCACUGUCAUGUGGCUAGUGUAUCAGUUUGUGCAAUGUUUUCUGUGAUUUGCAAAGUCGCCUCCAGUUACAUGUUCACUUCUCUAGUUCAUGUGUUCAUCACACAGAAGUCUUCAUUUUUUUCUUUCAAAAAUUUAAAUUGGAUAUAAAAACCAUUUAAAAGUUGGAAGUACUAAGUUUUGAUUGACAAGCCUUGUUUUCCAACAAGGCAAAAAUAUUUGUCAUAAGUACCAUGAGAUUGUGUAAUCUCAUAGGUUUUAAUGAUUGUACUUUUCCUGUGGUUUCCUAUUCAGUGUCCUAUUUGGAUUAUGUAUUUGUGUACACCAAACCAUAAUAUCCCACGCUGCAGUAUUUGACAAAGUUGUAUUUCAGUUGACAUAUGUAAAAGAAUGAGGUUGAAGAACAGACCAAAAUGUUUGCAUUCUAAUUGUUAAGAUAUAUAUCAUUUCUUCUGAAAAUCACAUCAUUUAGAUGAUGGAUACACACAGUGUUUCUCAGUAGUACAAGUGUGGUACAGUCAUGUUGCUUAACUUGUAGUCCUUCUCAGCCAAAGCUGAUAGUUUUUUAUGUAAUGUAAGAACUGUCAACUUACUUCAGGCAAAACCAAUCUGUAUUGAAUAUUGCAGGUUAGAAAUACAGAGAAAUGAAAGGAUAAAAUUACAUGUAUCUGGUUACAUAUCUUUGUUUAUCAAACUGUUUAGUCAGUCUUUUAAGGGGAACAUUCUCCAAAUAUCUUGUUAAAAAGGGACCUUCAAAUUAUGCUGUGAUGUAGCUCUGCAGAGCUUGGUAACUUACUAAGAUAGGAUGUUGUUUGUCACUUCUUAUAAGGAAAAUCCUUAUUUAGGAAACAUUUGCCAUUAGCUCUGCUAAGUCGGAAAGACCUGGGAACUGAGAGAAAUUUGCAAUGUCCCUUUAACUUUUAAAGUUAAGGAAGAAAAUGUGAUAUCAUAUAGAGGGGAAACAUGCUUUUUUAUUUGCCAUGUGAAAUUCUUGAAUGCAAAGCAUGGAGUGAAUUUGAUUUUUCACAUUGCCAGUGUCUUUCCGGAUUAAUGUGGCCAGUGUAAUUUUUUUUAAAGUGACAAUCAUUUCUAGUCUUUUAGUGAUCAUUGAACAAGUAGUGAACAAAGUUAGGACAUACAUGUAGGAUCCAUAGAUUAGAUUGUAUAUUUUUGAAGAAAUUCAGAGACCUUUCAUCAGAAAUAUAUAUUUUGCCAUUCUAAAUGUCAACAUUUAAACACAACUUGCUGUUUUCUAUAGUCCACCUUCUCUUAAUGUGUAAUGUACUUUUGAAGGAGGUACCUACAGGGGAAUUCGAUGUCACCUUUUGUAUAUAUUCAAAUAAUAACGUUAAGUCACAAGAGUAUGUUGUACAUAUAUUGUAUACUGGAAUAUUGUAAUGUGCAACUAUCAUUAUCUUACUUGGACUCGAAAAGCUGAUGGUAGGAAUACAUGUACAUGUACAGGUCAUAAGAAUGAAGUUGUGUUGGAAAAAACAGGUGAAAAUUUAUCUGCAAUCCAACUAGCUCCUGAUCAACUUGUUUGAAUGAUUUUCUUACAUUUUGAUGUGUGGAAUUGAGGGUGCUUUGGAAAGAGAUUUGUAGUAAACUUUUGAUACAGGAGUCCUACUAUUAUGAUGGUUUGUAAUAAAUGUUACGGUUACAAAUAAAGUGAGAUAUCACUGUU